AACCUUUAACUGGUGGUGCCUCCACCAUGGCGGCUAGCCAUGGUGGAGGCACCACAGUGUUCGGUUUUUAUUUAAGGAAAGAGAAGAAGAAAAUAGAAUAACAAGAUUGGACUUUUCCAGAAAACUAAUCCAACAGGUGCUGAAGUUUCGGCCAGAUGACCUGAAUUGUAUCCUUACCCUGCCUUUCAAUAAGGGAUAUGACGUAAGUUUUUGCUCUGCCGCACUUCUUAAGGAGUUUUGGACACGGUUUGAAAAUGCUAAGACCCAGUUUUCAGCUUUUGACGUCGAGAAACUGACUGACAACUCCCUGAAAACGGUGAUUGUCAGGAUGUUCAAUGAGACUGUCAGUGCUGAAGACAUCUGUAUGUGGCUGGGUAGAUACUGCACUGUGAGAGGCCAGGCUAUGAAGGUGCGGGAUGUGGACGGCAUCUGGAACUGUGCUUGGCGGGUCCCCAUUAAACAAUGGGAAGACCCCCAUGGCUUCCAGGGCCUGAAGCAUCUCCCCUCAAUGAUAGUCCUGGGGGAGAACAGAGGCUACAUUCACUAUCAAGGCCAACCCAAACUGUGUCGGAAGUGCGGCGAGCAUGGUCAUCUGGCCGAAACUUGUGAAAAAGUUUUCUGUGGACCGGGAACCAGUGACUCCAGUGCGCGGCCUCCUGUAUGGAGACGCCUCCACCGUUUGGCGCAACGUGAGCCGUCCCGUCCUUCCAAACAGACUCCAGGAUGUCAUGGAUGGUGGCUCAUGGGAUCCUGCCGGUCAGAGCCGUUAUGCUCCCGCGGCAUGUCUGCAACGGCCAUCUGCCCCCGACCCGGUUGUGGCGCGCCGGAGUCGGUGAGGCCCCUGCUGUGGGAGUGCAGCGCUGCUGUGGACCUGUGGGCGAAAACCGGCUCCUUGCAAUUCCCACACUUGCCAGCAAGGGAGGUCCUCCAUGCACAGCUAGUGCUGUACGGGGUGAGCCAGCAGAAAAUGACUAAAAAAGACUUCGCUGAGAUGUGGCUCACCCCAGCCACCAUCAAAGACGCCAUUUGGACCUCCAGAAACUUGCUGGUGAGCAGGCGCAGGCAGAUGCCCCCAGUGGCUGUGAUCCGGAUGGCGGCAGCAAAAGAGGAACAUCAAGGGCUGCAGGUGGCGCGCCAAGGACACAGCCACCAAGAAGAAUCGCCUGCGCCUCAGUGGACGAAGGAGCCGGCGCUCCACGAGCAGAGGUCCAAGCAGCGGCGGCCCGGCUCUCCGGGUGAGGCAGGAGGGAAGGAGCUUUAGGGUGGGAUCCCCUCUGAGCACCAGCGCUGUCUGGAAGGACGGGACGGCUCCGGACUUUGGAAGGAGUCACCCCGGUCCUGCUCAACUUUUUAACACACAGAGAUUUUGUAUUUUAUAUUCUUGUUCUUAGCUUCUUUUAGCCUAAAUUGAUGAAUUUGAAAGUUUUUAGAAAUUUCUGAAUAAUUGCAACAAUGUAAUGUUUUUAAAUGUUUACAGU